UUUGGUGAGUCCAAUUUGGACGCUUCCGAUGAGCUAGAAGACGACGUUUUUGCGCCGACCGAAUUGCCUGACUCAUUCAGUUCGACGUCAACUGCACGACCGAUAUCAUCGUUCAACACUCGAAUUGUUGAGCCUCAAACAGCACCACUGCAACCUAAACAAGUAUCUAUUAUUUGUGCUAUGCGAUUGCGAUCGCUGGAAAUUGCUCCAUUUUAA